AAGUUCAUGCAGCAGAAAAUUUGAGUUUUGACAGAAAAGUUGAACAUAUUUUUUGAAAAACACCAUGAAAGUGUAAAGUUAUUACCAUUAAAUUGAACUGAAAAAUGUUAAUUUCAACCAGAAACAUUCAUUGGAAGUGUAUUUUAAUAUUAUAACAUUCAUUGAACGAAAAGAAAACCCAAAAUGUACUACCAUCGUUUUUACACGGUUGAUCCAUUCAAACCACGUUCGGUGGAAUUUGACGUUUGGUCGACGGAAGAUGUUAGAAAUUUAAGCGUUACUGCCAUUCAUACGCAUAUUUCAUUCGACGGUCUAGGUUAUCCUGUGGUAGGUGGCCUGUACGAUCCUCGGUUAGGACCUAUCAGAUUCAACAGUGAUCCAUGCGCGACGUGUAAUAACUCUAUGAUGAAAUGUUCCGGUCAUUAUGGACAUAUUGAACUUCCUUUUGCCGUGUUCAAUCCGAUGUUUACCGCCAUCGUGGCGAACUUACUAAGAAUUUCAUGCCUAAGUUGCCACUAUAUCAUGAUACCGGAGCUCGAAAAACUUGUAUUGGUUGCCCAGCUUAAGUUAAUCGAUUUUGGACACUUAGUCGAAGCGCGUGAAUUGGAUAAAUUUUUGUCGGAAGAAUAUUCCAGCAGUACUCCUUCUCAACUCAAAGAAAAAAUAGACGAAAUAGUUUCAAGCACUUUAUCACAACCUCCGAAUCAUCAGUGUAGAAACGCGGGCGAUUUAUGGCGAUUUUACGUGAACAAAGCAUUUCGCAGAGGCGGUAACGCUAAGGGUUGUUUCAACUGUAACAAACGAGUAAAGAAAGUAUCUUUUUAUAAGGGAAAGUUAUUCAUCGAAACUAUUACAGAUGACGGCGACGACAAAAAAGCCAAACAUCUCCUGUUGCCGUUAGAUGCUAAAAAAGCUAUGAGAGAAAUAUGGAUGAAAGAUAGAGCGACGUUGGAAGCUCUGGUCAAAGUGUUGUCUUCUUCAAAUGUUGAAUUCCCUACAGAUUUAUGCUUCUUGUCGGCUAUUUUAGUCACACCGACAAAUACACGACCCGUACAAAUAAUUAAUCAAAAACCUGUUGAACAUACCAAAAAUGCUCUGUAUAAAACGAUAUUGUUAGAUUGCCUACAAGUUAGAAGUAUUAUGCAAGCCUCAAACAAACAAAAAAAUAAAGAAAAAGACCUUUCUAAAGAAGUCGAAGAUGUUGUGAAUGCGUGUAGAGGAACCGAUUUAAAUGAAAAACUACAGAAUUCUUGGCAUUCGUUGCAAAUGAGCGUCAAUUCAUUAUUGGAUUCGUCCGCCGUUCGUAGCUCAGCAAAUUCCAAUGCUAAUAUAAAUAAAGUCGGAUUAAAACAAUUGGUUGAAAAGAAACAGGGGAUUUUGAGAAAAAAUAUGAUGGGCAAGCGAGUUGAUUUUUUCGCCCGUUCCGUCAUCACUCCAGAUCCUCUACUAAGCGUCGAUGAAAUCGGAAUACCGGAUGUUUUCGCUAAAAAAUUGACUUUUCCUGUUCCUGUCACUCCAUGGAAUGUAACAAAAUUACGUAAGAUGGUUUUAAACGGUCCGUCAACGUAUCCUGGUGCUAAUAUGGUGGAAUGCGACGAUGGUACCAUCACGUGGAUAUCAGGUACCAAUGCAGAAAGUCGCAAAGGUUUAGCCAAAACUUUACUUACGCCGAAUAUGGACUCAAAAGGACCAAAAGUUGUGCAUCGACACCUGCUCGACGGCGAUAUGUUACUUAUUAAUCGACAACCGUCAUUGCACAAACCCAGUAUUAUGGCCCAUAAAGCUCGUAUUUUAAAGGGCCAAAAAACUUUUCGAUUGCAUUACGCCAACUGCAAAGCUUACAACGCUGAUUUCGACGGAGAUGAAAUGAACGCGCAUUUACCGCAAGGGGAAUUAGCUCGAGCCGAAGCCUCUGAAAUAGUCAAUGUAGCGAACCAAUACCUGGUACCGAGAGAUGGCACUCCUCUCAGCGGUUUAAUUCAAGAUCACGUAGUCGCUGGAGUACGUCUAUCAAUUAGAGGAAAAUUCUUCACUCGUAUGGAGUAUAAUCACUUAGUUUACCAAGCUUUGAGUUUCCUCAAAGACGAUAUUCAAUUGCUACCUCCUACGAUGCUCAAACCUGCGCAAUUAUGGUCUGGAAAACAAAUUAUAUCGACUAUCAUAAUUAAUCUCACUCCUAAAGGCGGCGCGUUGUUAAAUUUGAAUUCAUCUGCUAAAAUCGGAUUCAACGCCUGGCCGAUGUCGAAAGAAAAAUGCCCACAUUCGUCGUUGCAAACAAGAAAGGAAAUGUCAGAAAGUAACGUGAUCAUAAGGAACGGAGAAUUACUAUGCGGCAUUUUAGAUAAAAAUCACGUCGGUGCUACUCACUACGGUUUAAUCCAUUGUUUCUACGAACUAUACGGCGGUCAAAGUGCUACCAACUUAUUAGGCGCUUUUUCCAAACUUUGCACUCAUUAUCAACAGAAACACGGAUUCACUCUCGGAGUCAGAGACAUUUUGGUGCAAAAUAAAGCCGAUCGUAAGCGAGCGGUUACAGCUAUUGAAACCAAAUCAGCGGGUAUUGAGGCAGCAAAAAGUGCUUUGGAUAUCCCUCCUGAAGAAUCUAUCGAUGAACAAAAUUUAUCUCGUUUAUUGGAGGGAGCUUAUAGGAAGAAUUCGAACUUCAGAACUUUGAUUGAUAGGCAGUAUAAAUCGGUACUAGACAAGUACAAUAACGAAAUUAAUAGAACUUGCCUACCUGGUGGGUUACUGGAAUUGUUUCCUGGUAAUAAUUUACAACUGAUGGUGCAAUCCGGUGCUAAAGGAUCAACUGUUAACACGAUGCAGAUUUCGUGCUUACUUGGACAAAUCGAAUUGGAAGGUAAACGACCACCUUUAAUGAUUUCUGGCCGAUCGUUACCUAGUUUUAGACCUUACGACUGCUCACCCAUGGCUGGAGGAUUUAUUGCUAGUCGUUUUAUGACUGGAAUACAACCUCAAGAAUUUUUCUUUCAUUGUAUGGCUGGCAGAGAAGGGUUGAUUGAUACUGCUGUCAAGACUAGUCGUAGUGGAUAUUUACAAAGAUGCUUAGUCAAACACUUGGAAGGUUUGGUUGUCAAUUAUGAUUUAACAGUUCGUGAUAGCGACAAUAGUGUGAUACAAUUUCAAUACGGCGAAGAUGGAUUAGAUAUUUCGAAAUCUCAGCUUUUGAAGAAAGAUCAAUUACAGUUUUUCGCAGAUAAUUUAGAAGCUUUCCACGAUAAAUCCGGUUUAAAAUCGUUCAAGAAAAUGACAAAUAAGGAUGAGAUAAAGGAAAGAAAAGCUCGCAUUUAUCCUUGGUUAGAAAACAAAUCGUAUUGCGCUAAAGGAAAUAGAGACAACGGAUUUUUACGUUUUUGUCAAGAGUGGGACGAUGAAGUACCACGCAUUAAGAAAAAAAAGAAAAUGCCGGGCAGAACAGAUAACGCGCAAAAAUUUUGUAAUGUAUGGAAUACCAUGUUGCAUGAAGAAACCAAAAUGGAAUUUGAAAAUAAAGUAGAAAAAUGUCCUGAUCCUGUGAUGUCCUCUUUUAAACCGGAUGUGAAUUUAGGUUCUGUCUCUGAAAAUGUCGAAUGCAUGAUCAACGAUUUUUUGAAUGAAAAGAAGAAUGAAUUGCCGUUUAAAAAAUCGAAAUUUAAGGAUGCGAUUUAUUUGAAAUCUUUCUCGUCUUUGUGCCAACCUGGAGAAGCUGUUGGUGUUUUAGCUGCACAAUCGGUUGGUGAACCAUCUACUCAAAUGACGCUCAAUACUUUCCAUUUUGCUGGCCGUGGUGAAAUGAACGUUACCCUCGGUAUCCCUAGAUUACGGGAAAUUCUAAUGGUUGCUUCGAAGAAAAUCAAAACUCCUAGCAUGUCUAUACCAUUUUUACAAGAUGUUCCGAAAUUAGAAAAGAAAGCUGAAAAAUUACGUAGAAGUCUUACCAAAAUCGCGUUGAAGGAUGUACUAGAGAAAAUUGUGAUUAAAGAAACUGUUGAUUUAAGUACCAAACGUCGAAUUUACACAUUGCAAUUACACUAUCUACCUAGGAAAUCGUAUUCCAGUAAUACUACUGUCACUCCAAAACGUAUUUUGAAUUACGUUCAGACUAAGUUUGUAGCGAAUUUGAGGGCCAUGCUGAAAAAGAACGUAUCAAAAACUUACAAAAAUGUAUUAGUCGCUGACGAAUCAAAGGAAAAAAGUAGGAAUCACGAUGAAACGAACGAAGAACUUGACGAGCAGCUAGUUGAUGAUCCGACUAAUAGCGGUGAUUCUGAUGAAGAUUCAGAUGUAGAAGGAGAUGGGGAUGCGACUGAAGCCAAGAUUAAAAAUCGUCGAUUUGAUACUCAAGAAUACGAUGACGAUGAUGAAGACGAUGAUAAAGAUGAAGACGAAGAUGACAAUGAAAAUAUUGAAAAUUCCGACGGAAAGAAGCUGAGCGAAAAACAUUCGAAUACCAAUAAAAGUGAACCUAAGGACUCGGAUGACGAUAGCGAUUUGAAAGAAGAAGAAGAAGAAGAUGAUGAUAUUGAUGUUAGCGAUAUACUGCAAGCAGCAGCUGCUAAAUUAGCAAAAAAAGCACAAUCAAAAAAACCUAUAGAGGAGGAAAAAUACGGCGCAGAUUGUAUUGAGCAUGACGAUGUAAAUUCAUCAUGGAGCAAAAUUGCUAUAUGGACUUGUUUAUCUUUCAAAAAAAUCGACUUUUCCUCGGUAAUUACGGGACUAGCUGAACGUGCUGUGAUACACCAAAUUCCGGGAAUUAAAAGAGCUUUCGUUACCAAUAAUGACGGAGUAGUGAUGUUGCAUACAGACGGUUCCUAUGGCAUUUGGGAAUUGUUCAAGCACGACCGAUUAUUAGAUUUAAAUAAACUGUAUUCAAACGAUGUCCAUGCUGUGGCUGAAACAUAUGGCAUAGAAGCUGCUAACACAGUUAUCGUUAGUGAAAUACAAAAUGUGUUCAAAGUUUAUGGAAUUACCGUCGAUCCUCGACAUCUAUUACUAAUCGCAGAUUAUAUGACGUUUGAUGGUUCUUAUCGACCUUUAAAUAGAACGGGAAUGGAUAGUUGUUCGUCACCUUUGCAACAAAUGACUUUUGAAUCGACGUUGAAAUAUUUGAAAAAUGCUACCAUUAGACAGUUGAAAGAUAAUUUGCAGUCACCUUCCAGCGCUUUAAUGAUAGGAAAAGAAUCUAAGAUCGGUUCUGGUUUAAUGAAAUUGUACUGCAAAUGAAAGAAAAUAAAUUUUUUACGUUUAUUAAAAUGAAA